GUAUUCGGGAAACCCCUGAAAGAGAGCCUGAAAUGCGCGAACGUGCAGAUUUCGACGGCCAAUGCGAACGGAGAGCUGUAUGUUUGGGGCAGCAUUCCUGUGGUUGUCGCGAAAUGCGGGCUAUAUCUGAAGGAAAAUGCGACGGAGGUAGAGGGCACUUUCCGCGUGAAUGGUUCGAACAAGCGGAUGCGGGAGUUGCAGGCAGCGUUCGAAUCCCCACCUAGAUAUGGCAAGAACCUGGACUGGAAAAAGGAGCAUUACACCGCCCAUGAUGUCGCUAGCGUGUUCCGCCGAUACCUCACUCAGAUGCCUGAAUCCGUGAUACCCCACAGUAUGUACCAUAAUUUCCGCGAUGCGCUCGCCAAGAAGCCCUACAACCAGGAUGAAAUAAUAAAGACAUACAAGCAGCUCAUAAGUCAAAUGCCACGGUCAAACCAAUAUCUGCUGCUGUACGUUCUGGAUCUCCUCUCUGUGUUCGCACGGAAGUGUGAUAAGAACCUAAUGACGGCGAGGAACCUUGCUGUGAUCUUCCGGCCAGCACUGAUUGCGCAUCCAAGUCACGAAUUGUCGCCGCAGGAGCAUCAGCUGAGCCAGGAUGUGCUCGAGUUUCUGAUCGCGCAUCAGGACUGGUUCAUGCUGGACAUCCCGCCCCCGCCCUCGCGCGCGGGCAGCACGACGACGAUCGCGGGACUGCCGGAUUCUGUGGACGUGCCGCCGAGCUCGGACGAGGAGCAGCUGGGUGGGUGGAAGCUCGUGUCGAGGCCGGUGGCCGCGCGGCGCAUCACGCGGCGGCGCACGACGACAGAGCGGUCUGCGGGUGCGUGA